CACAAAGGGCUUGACACAUUUCCCUUUUCAGUUUUUCGUGUUCAUCUUCGUAGAAACGACGACGGCAACUUCAGCUCAACUUCCUCUCACACAAGAACAAACAUUCUGCCGCUCAGAGCCUCCUUCCACCACAACUGGGACACAGAAUCGAACCCUCGAACAGAUGUGCUACUUUCAUCUUGGUUCCAUACCUCUGUUUGUUUUAUGGUUUUUACUUCAGACUUUAUGAGCGUGAGAACCAGAGGAGGCUGUGAAGGUUUUUUAAAAUGUCUUAAUUUUACUCACAGGCUGCUGGUUAUUAUUCUGUAUUAAAUCAGCACAAUAAGAAGACGAUGGACUUCUUGGGUUACGACUAUGACACGGACUUAAACGACUCCAACUAUGACCUGAACGAACCCUGCAUGCAACAGAAGAACACCAACAUCGAACUGGUGGUCGGUCCAUAUGUCCACUCCAUCAUCUGCAUCCUGGGCCUGGUGGGCAACAGCCUGGUGAUCGUCACCUACGCCUUCUACAAGAGGACCAAGUCCAUGACAGACGUUUACCUGCUGAACGUGGCCGUGGCGGACCUCCUGUUCGUGGCGUCGCUGCCCCUCAUCGUCUACAAUGAGCUGUCCUCUUGGUCCAUGGGUCCGGUCGCCUGCAAGCUGCUGCGCGGCUCCUACAGCAUGAACCUGUAUGGCGGCAUGCUGCUGCUCGCCUGUGUCGGUACAGACCGCUACGUGGCCAUCGUCCAGGCCCGCCGCAGCUUCCGGCUGCGCUCGCUGCGGUACAGCCGCCUGAUCUGUGGUAUCGUGUGGUCGGCUGCGCUGCUGCUGUCCUUGCCAACUUUCUACUUCUACCACUGGUAUGAGCCGUCCCACAAAAUGUACGCCUUCGUGAACGAGAGCAACCGCACAGCCGAGCUGCCGCAUUACGUCUGUGAGUUCUGGUUCACGGACAACUCCACAGCCUUGAGGACCAAGGUUGCGGUGCCGGGAACUCAGCUGGCCGUGGGCUUCUUCCUACCGCUGCUGGUCAUGGUCCCCUGCUACGGCGCCAUCGUCGUCACGCUGAUGAAGGCCAGGAACUUCCAACGGCACAAGGCGGUGCGUGUGGUGCUGGCCGUGGUAAUGGUGUUUGUGGUUUGCCACCUACCCUACAACGUCACGCUGUUGUACGAGACGGUCCGAAUGUUCCAGCUGUACUCCUGCGACGAGAUAGAUGUGCUGAAAGCGGCCAAGACGCUGACACAGACCAUUGCUUACCUGCACUGCUGCCUGAACCCAGUUCUGUAUGCCUUCGCCGGGGUGAAGUUCAGGAACCAUUUUAGAAGUAUCGUCAUGGACCUCUGGUGUCUAGGCAAGAGGUACAUCGCUCCACGCCGCUUCUCCAGAGUCACCUCAAUGAUCUACGUGUCUGCACGCCGCUCGGUGGACGGAUCCGGUGAAAACGGGUCUUCAUUCACCAUGUGAGACCAGAACUACUCCCUGGGAGCCGGACACCCAGAACAAAAAGACUCUAGACCUCAUGAAUAAAAAAAAAAGAAUCAAAGUUUUAUGCCUCACAACGAUGAGAGUAGUUGACAGUCGUGUCCUGGUCAUCUGUGGUCAUUUUUCAGUUGAAUGCAUCCUGUGAAUCUGGUGAUUCAUUGGUGCACCUUUGGGUAAAUUUCCACCGCAGACAUCAGGUGUUAAUAUAAAAAGGACUCAGAGCAACCUUCGAAAUUAAAUACAGGAACUGCCUUGAAAAAGAAGGUUUCAUUUUAAGGAGCAGUUGUUUCCUUAAGGCUUUAGUUCUUUGUGUUCUUUGUCCUACUUUUAAAUUAAUCACAAGUUUUAAAACCGGCUGAGAAGUUUUAAGUAAUUUACAUUUGAAUAUUUGUCUCUGUAACAUCCAGUGAUUUGAGUUAUUUCCUUCUUGAGUCUUUAUUCUUUUCGGACUCAGUUUCCUGUGACAUUUGUUAACUUCUAUUACAUCAAACCUGAUGAAUGUAAUAAAAUGGUUCUGUGUGACGAAAUAAAAAAGCAUAAUUCUUACCCAAACC